GAUGAACUAUUCUUGGAUCUCUUCCACAAACUGACCAGUGGGAGGCAGCUGGCAGUAAGCAAUGGGCUCUGCAGUAUAUCACAUAAGGAACAGGAGGUACCUCCAGAUCAUCAGUCACUCGAUGUAAACCAGGAGCCAACUGCCCCAGUUCACACAGUGGCAUCAGUAGACAACUGUCCCCGCUAUCUGUCACCGAAGAUUCCUCUGCUCCUAUUCUUGAACUUCAGAACCGAGGAUCCUCAGGAGUUUGUGGACACAGAGUUGAGAGACAGAACAGAUCAGACGAUGGGACACAGACUCAUUCUGAGAACAGCAGCCAAGAAAACAGAAUCAAGGCUCGCUGCCUGUCCUGCACGUCCAUGGUUCUGAAGGGCAUCUGGGGACUCUUGAUCAUCUUGUCAGUAUCAUCGUCUUGGGUUGGAACUACACAGAUUGUAAAAAUUACUUAUAAGAACUUCUAUUGCCCAUUUUUCAUGACUUGGUUUUCAACAAACUGGAACAUUAUGUUUUUCCCAGUCUAUUAUUCUGGUCAUCUAGCCACUGCUCAAGAAAAGCAAUCUCCAAUGAAAAAAUUCAGGGAAUGCAGUCGGAUUUUUGGUGAAGAUGGUCUGACAUUGAAGCUCUUUCUUAAAAGAACUGCUCCCUUUUCUAUUCUAUGGACUUUGACUAAUUACCUUUAUUUACUGGCUUUAAAGAAGCUGACGGCCACUGAUGUCUCCGCUCUGUUCUGUUGUAACAAAGCCUUUGUCUUCUUGCUGUCGUGGAUUGUGCUGAAAGACAGGUUCAUGGGAGUGAGGAUAGUUGCUGCAAUAAUGGCAAUUACUGGCAUUGUCAUGAUGGCGUAUGCAGAUAAUUUCCACGCUGAUUCCAUCGUAGGAGUGGCAUUUGCAGUGGGCUCAGCCUCUACAUCUGCAUUAUAUAAGGUCUUGUUUAAAAUGUUUCUUGGAAGUGCCAACUUUGGGGAAGCCGCACACUUUGUCUCCACCUUGGGUUUCUUCAAUUUGAUCUUCAUCUCCUUCACCCCAGUCAUCUUGUAUUUCACCAAGGUGGAGCACUGGUCCUCUUUUGCAGCUCUGCCGUGGGGCUGUCUCUGUGGGAUGGCAGGGCUGUGGCUUGCCUUCAACAUCCUGGUGAAUGUUGGGGUGGUGCUGACAUACCCAAUCCUAAUCUCCAUUGGGACAGUGCUCAGCGUUCCUGGAAAUGCAGCUGUGGAUCUCCUAAAGCAGGAGGUGAUAUUCAAUGUCGUCCGCCUGGCUGCUACCAUCAUCAUCUGCAUUGGGUUUCUGCUGAUGCUGUUGCCUGAAGAAUGGGAUGAAAUCACCCUGAGGUUCAUCAACAGCCUGAAGGAAAAGAAGAGUGAGGAGCAUGUGGAUGAUGUGACUGAUCCCAGCGUACACCUGCGAGGCAGAGGCAGAGCCAAUGGGACAGUGUCUAUACCACUGGCUUAGAGAGGGACACAUUUUGAAUGCACGUGUAUGUAUAUUCUGUGAAUAUAACAAAAUUUUCUCACUACCUGUACACUCAAAUGACAGUAUUAACUCUGAAUUUGGAUAAAUCAUAUGUGAAAUAAUGCCAACAAUAAAAGUUUACAUUUAUAUGCUUAUCAAGGAAUUGGUGUAAAUAAUCAUAAUAGUUUUUUUAUUAAAACACAUUUGUCCUU